UCAACUUGUAUAAAUAAUCCCUCUUUCAAGAGCCUUUUCAUCAUCAAACACAAGCAUUAUCAAUUCAGCCAUCAAAGGUCUCUAAAUUUCUUGUUUCCAAUCUUCCGAAAAGAAAAUGGCAAUGAUCAGUACCAAGAAACUCAUCAAAAUGGUCAGGAGAUGGCAGAAGUUUGCAGCCAUGCAGAGGAAGAGGAUUUCAUUUCCAAGAGAUGACAGUUGUAGUACAUCCUCAUCGUCUAGAAUCGAAAAAGGACAUUUUGUAGUCUAUACAAUUGAUCAAAGGCGCUUCAUGAUUCCCUUGGUUUACCUAGAAAAUGAGAUCAUUCAGCAACUCUUGAACAUGUCUGAAGAAGAAUUUGGGCUUCCGAGUAGUGGCCCUAUUACAUUACCUUGUGAUUCAGCCUUCAUGGACUACAUCACUUCACUAAUCAAGAAAGGCGUAGCUGCAGGAGAUCUUCACAAAGCAUUGCUCCUCUCAAUUCCUUCAUCUUGCUGUUCGACUUCUUCUUUGCACCAAGAAAGUGGAAACCAACAGCUUCUUGUUUGUUGAGUCAUAAUCAACAUGCUAGCUCAAAAUAGUUUUUAGAUAGGGCAUAUACUGAAGAACACAAUUGUAAAGCACAUCAUACACAUUGAAUGUUAUUUUAUCAGAGAAA